ACACUGAAAUGAUCACUCAAGUUCCUGAGUCAACUCGACCACUUCUAAGACAGAUUGAAGCUAUGCAGGAGACCGCUGCAAGAAGAGCUGAAGCCUGGGCUGGCGUGGAAAAUGCACUAAACUCUCGCUUGCAGGAGGCAGAAGCCAAAGCUGCAGCUGCAGAAGAAAAGGAACGAACCCUAAAUGAACGCCUAUCUCAAAACUUAUCUCGGAUUACUGUUCUUGAGACUCAGAUUGCCUGUAUCAGAACAGAGCAGACACAACUAAGUAGGUCACUUGAAAAGGAAAGGCAAAGGGCAUCUGAAAGCAGACAAGAAUAUCUAGCAGCAAUAGAAGAAGCUGCUACUCAAGAGGGCCGUGCCAAGCAAUUUGAAGAAGAACUCAAGGAGAUAAGAAAUAAACACAGAAGGGAGUUACAGGAUGAGGUGGUUCACAGAGAACUUUUGGAAAAGGAGCUCGAAAGGGUAAGAGCUGCCAAAGAUGAACUGGAAAAAACUAUUUCUCAUGAAUCGAUUCCAGUUGCAAAUCAAAAUUCAACCAAAAACUUACAGAUUAGGAAGCUUUCAACUGCUGGGAGCUCCAGUAGUAUGGAAGAAAGCUUUUUCUUGCAAGCGUCUUUGGACUCAUCAGAUAACCCUUUCUCAGAGAAAAGGCACUCUGGGGAAGCAAUGGUUUCUCCAUAUUUCCUGAAGAGCAUGACACAUAGUACUUAUGAAGCAUCAUUACGCCAGAAGGAUGGUGAACUUGCAUCAUACAUUUCACGCUUGGCUUCUUUGGAAGCUAUUCGUGAUUCUCUCGCUGAAGAACUAGUCAAAAUGACAGAGGAGUGUGAAAAGCUGAGAGCAGAAGCUGCAGCUUUACCUGGGUUAAGAGCAGAGUUAGAAGCCUUGCGACGAAGGCAUUCAGCGGCACUGGAACUUAUGGGUGAACGUGAUGAAGAGUUGGAGGAACUUCGAGCCGAUAUCAUCGACCUGAAGGAGAUGUACCGAGAACAAGUGGAUUUGCUUGUGAACAGGCUUCAGAGAGUAACCUCAUCAGUUGGUGUGAACUAGCGAUACGCUGCAAAUACGCAUCCGUUGCUGAACGUGAUCGAUCUGUUUGGUGAUACAAAAUUUUGACUGCCUUUCGAAUUGUAAUCAACUCUCUUGGUCGGCCCCUUCUUUGUAUUUGCUGUAGUGGUAUACGAUGUAACGAAUUCAGAAUGGAAUGUGAAGUUGAAUUGCCGUAUAUCUUUAUCACUUCGUAUAUGUGAAAUAAUACUUUUUGGAGUUUUGUUGUUGA